AUGAAUGUGGUGUUCCUCCAGAGAAAGCAUGAGGUUGUUCAUUCUGGUGGCUCUGCUCGGGCUCAGCCGUGCCCAGCACAACCCCCACACCAAGAAUGGCAGGACAGCCAUUGUCCACCUAUUUGAGUGGCGCUGGGCCGACAUUGCUGCAGAGUGUGAGCGUUUCUUGGGUCCCAAUGGAUUUGGUGGAGUUCAGAUCUCCCCUCCAAAUGAACACAUUAUACUGAACAAUCCCUGGAGGCCCUGGUGGCAGAGAUACCAGCCAAUCAGCUACAAGCUGUGCUCCAGAUCUGGCACUGAGAACGAGCUGAAAGACAUGAUCACCAGAUGCAACAAUGUCGGGGUAAAUAUCUAUGUGGACGCCAUCAUCAACCACAUGUGCGGUGCUGGGGGUGGAGAGGGAAACCACUCUUCAUGUGGAAGCUGGUUCAAUGCUGGCACAAAGGACUUCCCCAGUGUCCCUUAUUCCGGCUGGGACUUUAACGACAACAAGUGCAAGACCGCCAGCGGUGAAAUUGAGAACUAUGGUGAUGCCUAUCAGGUACGUGACUGUCGUCUAGCUAGUCUGUUGGACCUCGCUCUGGAGAAAGAUUAUGUCAGGGGCAAGUUGGCUGAAUACAUGAACGUGCUGAUUGACAUGGGUGUGGCUGGAUUCAGAGUGGAUGCCUGCAAGCACAUGUGGCCCGGCGACAUGACCGUUGUUUUCGGUUGUUUGCACAACCUUAACACCAGAUGGUUCCCCGAUGGCUCCAAACCCUUCAUCUACCAGGAGGUUAUUGAUAUGGGAGGUGAGUCCAUCACAGCUAAAGAGUACUUCCAUCUGGGAAGAGUGACUGAGUUCAAGUAUGGUGCCAAACUGGGAACUGUCUUCAGGAAAUGGAACGGUGAGAAGCUGUGUUACACCAGGAGCUGGGGAGAGGGAUGGGGUUUCAUGCCCGACGGUAACGCACUCGUCUUCAUUGACAACCACGACAACCAGAGAGGCCACGGUGCUGGUGGUGCAUCUAUCCUUACCUUCUGGGACCCCAGGCUGUACAAAAUGGCUGUUGGCUACAUGCUGGCCCACCCUUACGGUGUAGCCAGGGUGAUGUCUAGCUUCCGCUGGAACCGUCACUUUGUGAAUGGAAAGGAUGAAAAUGAUUGGCUGGGUCCUCCCAGCAAUGCUGAUGGAUCCACUAAGCCAGUUCCCAUCAACCCUGACCAGACGUGUGGAGACGGAUGGGUGUGCGAGCACAGAUGGCGUCAGAUCAAGAACAUGGCCAUCUUCCGUAACGUGGUCAAUGGACAACCUCACUCCAACUGGUGGGACAAUCAGAACAACCAAGUUGCUUUUGGACGUGGUGAUCGUGGCUUCAUCGUCUUUAACAAUGAUGACUGGGACCUGAAUGUGACCCUGAACACUGGCAUGCCUGGUGGCACCUACUGUGAUGUCAUUUCUGGCCAGAAGGAAGGAAACAGGUGCACUGGGAAGCAGAUCCAAGUGGACAACGAUGGCCGUGCCCACUUCAGUAUCAGCAACAAAGAUGAGGACCCUUUUGUUGCUAUUCAUGCGGAGUCCAAGCUGUAAACAUACCCUGCACAACAGAAAAUAAAUCUUAUUUUUCAGCCUGAA